AUGAAGACCGGCGAAAAACCGCACGUCGUGUGUCUGCCGGCGCCGGCGCAGGGCCACAUAACGCCGAUGCUGAAGCUGGCCAAGAUACUCCACGCCAGGGGCUUCCACGUCACCUUCGUCAACACCAAGCUAAACCAGCAAAAACUGCUCAGCUCGCGAGGACCGGCGGCGCUCGACGGCCUCUCGGAUUUCCGUUUCGCCGUCAUUCAGGAUGGGCUCCCGCCAUCCGGUGCAGACCCCGCCCAGGUAUGCCACUCCAUCACGACGAUCUGCCCCCCGAACUUCUUGGCACUCCUUGCCGAGCUCAACGACCCGGCCAACUCUGAAGUACCGCCUGUCACCUGCCUUAUCGUGGAUGGUGUCAUGUCAUUCUGCUACGAUGCCGCAAAGGAGAUCGGGGUGCCGUGUGCCGCGCUAUGGACAUCUAGCGCCUGCGGCUUUAUGGGCUUCCACCACUACCGUCUGCUCUUGGAGCAGGGUCUCGUGCCUUUCAAAGAUGUGGCACAGGUCACGGACAACAGCUACCUCGACACCGUGGUCCACGGCUUUCCCGGCCUGUGUGAGGGCAUGCGGCUGCGCGAUUUCCCCAGCUUCAUACGUACCACGGACCGCAACGACAUCAUGCUGAACUUUGUCAUGGACUUUGCCGAUCGGUUAUUAUCGCUCCCUGACGCGGUCUUGCUCAACACCUUCGACGAAAUCGAGAGGCCGGUCCUGGACGCCAUGCGCGCCAUCCUCCCACCCAUGUACGCCAUCGGCCCGCUCCAUCGCCGCGCUAGCAUCGAAGUUCCCGCCGGGUCCUCGCUUGAUGGCAUUGGCUCCAACCUAUGGAAGGAGCAGCACGACGGCCUCCUCGAGUGGCUCGGCGCACACGGCACCAGAACUAUUGUCUACGUCAACUAUGGCAGUUUCACCGUCAUGACGAAGGAGCAACUCCUCGAGUUCGCGUGGGGGCUGGCGGACAGUGAGUACCCAUUCAUGUGGAACAUCCGGCCAGACCUCCUUAAAGGCGACACCGCCGUGCUCCCGCCGGAGUUUCUGUCGGCUGUAUCCGGCCGAUCCAUGCUGACAACAUGGUGCCCACAGGAGAAGGUGAUUGUGCAUGAUGCUGUAGGGCUAUUCUUGACGCAUUCGGGGUGGAACUCGACUCUGGAGAGCGUCUGCGCCGGCGUGCCGAUGCUCAGCUGGCCGUUCUUUGCUGAGCAGCAGACCAACUGCCGGUACAAGUGCACGGAGUGGGGGAUCGGGUUGGAGAUCGGCGGUGAGGUGAAGAGGGCGGAGCUGGCGGCGAUGAUAGGGGAGGUGAUGGAGGGGGAGAAGGGACGGGAGAUGAGGAGGCGCGCAGCGGAGUGGAAGGACGAGGCAGUGCGAGCGACUCUACCAGGUGGUCCUGCCGAGGCCAGCCUGGACACGGUAAUUCGUGACGUACUCCUGGCAAGAUUCGUCUCUGGUGAUGAUGGAAAUUAAACCAAUGACGAUGGGAGCACCUACAGUUGGUUGCUCCUUGCCGGUGGAUUAAACGAAUGCGGGGGUAACACAUUUUAGUUGCAAAAAAAGAAAAACGAAGUCAUUUCAAGCAGAGAUAUAAUAACCAGAUACUGCAUUGGUGAUUCUCCAAACUCCAAAGCAACUAACAAGUAUUAUAGCUAUGGAUGGCAAUGGGUACCCAUUACCCACAUACCCGUCGGGUAUUUACCUAUUAAGAUAAGGGUUUAGGAAUAUUUUACACCCAUGGUACGUAAAUGGGAAAUAUCUUGUACCCGCCGGUUAUGGAGGGUAUGGGUAUGGUACUAUGAUACCCAUAUCCUUAUAUCCUUGUACCCACCUAUUUACAGGCGGAUUGUACAUGUCAUAGGUAGAAGUGUUAUGUAUCACUAAAAAAA